AUGGGCACCCACAUCUCAAAAGUCAAGUCGUUGAGCAUGGAUAGCUGGUCCCCCGACCAGGUCGACAACAUGAAGCGCGUAGGAAAUGUCGUCUCCAAGCGCACCUUCAACCCACAGAACGUCCGGCCCGACAUUCCCACCGAUGCUGACGAGGUCGGCGGUGUCAUGGAACGCUUCAUCCGCCAAAAGUACGAGCACAAAGCCUUUGUUGGCGCGAGACCUAGAAGUCACACGAUCGGUGGCGCCAGUGUCAGUUCGACCGAAGGAGUUCCACCGCCUCUACCGCCAAAGCCUGGAAAGAAGUUCGGCUUCUCGCUCGGUGUCCGCUCAUCGUCUGCCACUCAACAGAGAUUCACACCUCCACUGUCGCCCGCCUUGACUGGUUCGGAUGGUCGCUCGACGCCGCCGGUUGGAAAGAUGAACAAGCCUUCGCGAGUGUUUGGAUCUAAUGUCGGAAACCAAGAGGAAGAAACAUUUGACACAAAACUGGCUUCGCUGAGAGAGAUGGGCUUCCCGGACACACGCCGCAACUCGAUGGUUCUGAAGAAUGUCAAUGGAAACUUAGACAAGGCAGUUGAGACGCUUGUGCGCUUGGGCGAUACUACUUCAGGAGCACAGGGUACCCUGACGCCCAUGUCAGGCAGCACUAGCAGCUCCAACGCAAACGGCAUCUACAUCGAGAAACAGAGGGCCCAACCAGAAAAGGCCGCUUCUUCGACGAACCCCUUUGAUGCGCUGGAUCUACAGCCUCCACGCCGCGCCUUUACUCAACNNCCGCUCUCUCGACUGCAGCACCGCAACCUUCUUAUAACCCCUUCCUCCAACCUCAAGCACAGCCCCAGGCUCAGCAGUCUCUUCAGAACUCUUUCUCGACCAUGCAGAUCUCCAAUCANNACAACCUCAGCAGUACCAAAACAACCCAUUCAUGCCUCAGCAGAUGCAGCAGCCCCUACAGGCCCCUACAUAUCCCCCUCAGGACACACAACAGUACCAACAGCCUCAGCCACAGUCUAA